AUGAGGCGAAAGGCAGGCGUUGGUGCUAUCCAAAAACAAAAGCUGGAGCAAGAAAAAUAUAAAGAUAAGGGAACUGAGAUUCAAGAAAAUCAAUUUGAGCAAAUGACAAAACAGAUGGAAACUUUUCGUGUGAAUCUAGAGGAAUUCGCAACAAAGUAUAAAAAUGAAAUUAAAAAAAAUGCACGUUUUCGGCGGCAAUUUACCGAAAUGUGUGCAUCAAUAGGUGUAGAUCCUUUAGCCUCAGGUAAAGGAUUUUGGUCAGUUCUUGGCAUAGGAGACUUUUAUUAUGAACUUGCUGUUCAAAUUGUUGAAGUUUGUAUGGCUACAAAUUAUAAAAAUGGUGGAUUAAUAUCAUUGGAUGAACUUAGAGCAAGAUUAAUUCAAGCUAGAGGUCGUAGAAAAGAACAUCAAGAAAUUACAAAUGAAGACUUACUAGCUGCAGCUAAAAAAUUAAAAAUUUUUGGAAAUGGAUUUUCUAUUGUUCCAAUUGGAAGAGGUAAACACUUAGUACAAUCUGUACCUGGUGAACUCAGUAUGGACCAUACUGCUGUACUACAACAAGCUAGUUUAUCUGGAAAUGCAUAUGUUUCAAGAUCCAUGUUAUGUAAAGAAUUAAAAUGGGAAUCAGAUAGGACACAGAAAGCUUUGGACCAUAUGGUAAAAGAAGGAUUGGCAUGGUUAGAUGAACAAGGUGAAAAUGAAAUAUUAUAUUGGUUUCCUAGUUUAUUUACAGCUUGCAUUGUAUCCAAAGAAUAAGCAAAAUAUUGACUUUAUAAUGAAUAGAUAGACAGUGUUUUAAAAGAAUAAGAUAUUUGCAAUAUAAAAUGUAUUUUUAAUGUGAAUAAAUUUACAUUAUUCUUGUAACAUAUACACAGUUAAAUAUCCAUUAUAAAU